AUGCGAGCCUCGUACAGCGAUCAAAGUGAUAACAAAGCACGACUCGGAUCUUGUGAUGCUAGGCUUCGUUUUCGUGGCAACGAAGUCGGAAGAACGCGUCGCUCUUACACCUACAACUCUGCUGCUAGCCUAGUACACGUAAUGACAGUUUGUACAUACAACGCUGUCAGACCAGCAUCGCAAGAUGCUAUUGGAAAUUUGAUGAAGCCCGUUGAUGCAUGGAGCGGAUGUAGCGCAGAUUCGUCUCUGCCUGCACGAGCGAUCGACGCUUCGAAAUUGCUGUGGUGCCAUCUCAGUCUUUUACUCUUCCGUGGUCGACAAAUUGGACCAGACUUCUCUGAGAGAAAAGAGUCUCCUGAUUCUGGAGGAAAGAAUGGUACGGUAGCGCCAGGUGGGACAGGGUUGCAGGAGUCAUGUAGGCUACCGAAACGGAAAAGGACUAGAAUGGCGAUCUGUACUUAUAACGCACGUACGCUUGCAUCGGAAGCGGCCAUCGAAGAUCUGAUGAUGCAAGCCAAGAAGAUCAAGUACGACGUCAUCGGACUGACCGAGACGAGACGACGUCACCCUCUCAACGCCGUAUAUGACGCUGGAGAAGAACUGUUCUUAGGAACAUGCGACAGUAAAGCUGUUGGUGGAGUUGGCGUCCUCGUCAACACGAGAACAGCAAAGAACAUCGACUCUUUCGAACAACUUACGACCCGAAUCGGACGUCUGCGGAUGAGAAGAUGUGGUCCAACACCAGCUUUGACUAUCUUUGUCGCUUACGCUCCAACAUCAAGCUACGAAGAAGAAGUCGAAGCUUUCUAUAUGGGCCUAGAGAAGUUCUACCGAGAAGAUCAUGCCCCUUACAAAGUCAUAAUUGGCGAUUUCAACGCCAAAGUUCUGCCUGACGGAUGUCGCUGUUGUACCAAACUUCUAUACGGUAUCGGACCAUCGCCUCCUCCGAGGAAAAUUUUCCCUCACAAGGAGAGCAGAGAAGGCAGCCAAGUUUGGAGGGAGAAAUCCCAGGACUACCAUCAACAUCAGAGACGCCUGUCUCUUGAAACUCUUGAGCCGAUACGCCAGCGUGGAGCAGCACGAGCCGCAGGAAACCAAGAACUCACGUCCGAGCUCGCAAGGCUUUGCAGAGAGGCGAUAAAGGAAGACCUUAAAGAGAGGAGAGCAGAAGUGUUGGCUGAAGCCGCAAAGGCGGGGAAAAGCAUCCGCUAUGCCCGUCGAGACUUCGCCAGUCGCAAGACGAGGAUGACUGCUCUCCGGAACCCAAAGGGAACAGUCAUUACAUCGAGAAGGGGGAUGGAGAAAAUCAUCUACGACUUCUACUCUGAUCUCUUCGACAGCCACGUCCACUUGCCUCCUCACCAUAUAUGGGAAGAUGGACAAGAUGGGCAAGUCAUUCCAGAGGUUCUCCCGUCCGAAAUACGACAUGCUAUCAUGUCGUUAGGAAAUCGUACGGCACCCGGUCCCGACAGAAUAAGACCAGAAUACCUGAAGAGCCUUCCGCCAGUACUCAUCAACACCCUGGCGAGGCUCUUUACACGUAAUCUGUCGGAAUGCAAGGUUCCUAAACAGUGGAAGACCAGCAAGACCGUGUUGUUGUAUAAAAAGGGAGAUCCACAUGACAUCGGCAACUAUCGUCCAAUCUGCCUAGUGUCCGUCAUCUACAAGCUCUUUACAAGAGUGAUCCUUAAUAGGAUUGAAAAAGUCCUGGAUGAAGGAGAGCCAUGCGAGCAAGCAGGGUUUCGAAAAGGAUUCAGCACGAUUGACCACAUUCACACUGUUUCGAAACUCAUCGAGGUAUCACGAGAGUACAAGAUGCCGCUCUGUCUCACCUUCAUCGACUUGAAGAAGGCCUUCAACUCAGCUGAGACGGAAGCGGUCGUGGAAACCUUGGACAACCAAGGCGUCCCCACUCAGUACAUAAAGGUACUUCGAGAGUUGUACAGUAACUUCACGACCGGAAUUUCGCCAUUCUACAAGAACAUCAUCAUUGACAUGAAGAGGGGGGUCCGACAGGGUGAUACAAUUUCACCCAAAAUUUUCACAGCCACCUUCAAGAACGCAAUGCGAAAGUUGGAAUGGGACGACAUGGGAGUGAAGGUUGAUGGUCGGCAGCUACACCAUUUGCGCUCUGCUGAUGACAUCCUACUGAUAACACCUAGCAUCAGCCAAGCAGAACGAAUGCUGACCGAAUUCGACAAAACAUGUGGAUGCAUCGGUCUUCAGCUGAAUCUGCAAAAGACGAUGUUCAUGCGGAACGGAUGGGUCUCGGAUGCCCCAUUCACGCUCAACGGAACGAACAUAUCCGAAUGCACCAGCUACGUUCAUCUUGGUCGGGAACUGAGCAUGAUGAACGACCUGACCCGCGAGCUGGGCAGGAGGAGACGAGCGGCUUGGGGAGCGUACAAGAGCAUCGAGGAUGUAGUCAACAAGACCAGGAACACCCGGCUCCGUGUUCACCUCUUCAACACCACCGUACUUCCUGCUUUGACCUAUGCUUCGGAAACCUGGGCAUGA